GAAAAUGCAGGACUCUUUUUAAGAGAAGGAAGCUCUAACAGAAAUUUUUGAUUUAAUAAAAGAUGUAGAUAUACAACUCUUUGGGGUCAUAUUAGAUAUAUUAAGAAAGGAAAAAGUUUAAGAUUGCAUUGGAUUUCUAUCAGAUAUUGGGGAUCAGAGACAACUAGAAUCAUAAAUUUUAUAAAAAGUAGGGAAUUCCACCCAAGCUGAUCCAGAAUCGAAAUUUUCUGUUAUUAGAAAUUACUUAAAAUAAAUUACAUAUGUCUUAAAAAAAUUAAAAGACCAUGACUUCAAUUAUAAAGAUUUUUCCUCUGAAGAAAAUGAAGAAUCUACAUUAAGUCUGAUUAAUAGCUUCAAGGAUAAUAAAUAGAUCAUAGAAUUUCUGUAAUUUUUAGUUCACCUCACAUCCAUAGAUGACACCAUAAUAUAAUGUGGGUCUAAUUCAUUACAUAUAUUAAUUUUAAUGAAAGCAGAUCUUAGACACAAAAAUUUUGAAAAAAUAAAAAUCUAAAAUACUUCUUUAGUAGGAGCUAAUUUUGUUAAGUGUAAUAUUAGUGAAUCCUAAUUUAAUAAUGUCAACAUAAGUGGAAUAAAUUUAAAUGGGGCAUUAUUAUUUAAUUGUAAAUGGAAAGAUUUAAAAAUCACGGAAUUAAAUAAACUUAAUGGUCAUACCAGUUCAAUCAAAUCAAUUUGUUUUUCUCCUGAUGGAAAAACAUUAGCUUCUAGUAAUAAGGAUUAGUCUAUCCGUCUUUGGGAUGUCAAAACAGGAUAAUAGAAAGCCAUGUUAGAUUGUCAUAGUGACAGAGUAUUGUCUAUCUGUUUUUCUCCUGAUGGAAAUACAUUAGCAUUUGGGGUUAGAGAUUGCUCUGUUAGACUUUGGGAUGUGAAGACUAAAAAAAAAUGUGCCAAAUUAAUUGGUCAUAAAAAUUGGGUCGACUCAAUUUGUUUCUCUCCUGAUGGAAAUACAUUAGCAACUGGUAGUUAUGAUAAAUCUGUCCGUUUAUGGGAUAUCAAAACAGGAUAAUAAAAAGCUUAAUUUAAUAAUCAUACAUUGAGGGUAAACUCAGUCUGUUUCUCUCCUGAUGGAAAGACAUUAGCAUCUGGUAGUGAUGAUAUGUCUAUCCGUCUUUGGGAUGUCAAAACAGGAUAAUAAAGAGCUAAAUUAGAUGGUCACAGUGAUUGUGUUAGAUCUGUCUGUUUCUCUCCUGAUGGAAAGACAUUAGCUUCUGGUAGUAAUGAUAAGUCUAUCCGUUUAUGGGAUAUCAAAACAGGAUAAUAAAAAGCCAAAUUUAAUGGUCAUAGUAGUUUUGUUAGAUCUGUCUGUUUCUCUUCUGACGGAAGGACAUUGGCAUCUGGUAGUAAAGACAACUCUAUUCGUGAAUGGGAUGUCAAUACAGGGUAUUAAAAAGCCAAAUUAGAUUGUCGUAAAGAUACUGUUAAAUCUGUCUGUUUCUCACCUGAUGGAAAUACAUUAGCUUAUGGUAGUUAAGAUAACUCUAUUUGUCUAUAGGAUGUCAAAAGAGGAUAAUAGAAAGCCAAAUUAGAUGGUCAUAUUAGCAGUGUCUACUCAGUCUGUUUCUCACCUGAUGGAAAUACAUUAACUUCUGGUAGUGAUGAUGGCACUAUCCGUCUAUGGGAUGUCAAAACUGGAUAAUAAAAAGCAAAAUUGUAUAGUCAUACUAGCACGGUUAACUCAGUCUGUUUCUCUCCAGAUGGAAAUACAUUAACUUCUGGUAGUGAUGAUGGCACUAUCUAUCUAUGGGAUGUCAAAACUGGAUAAUAAAAAACCAAAUUAAAUGGUCAUACUAGUUCAAUUAUGUCAGUCUGUUUCUCAUCUGAUGGAAAUACAUUUGCUUCUAGUAGUCAGGAUAAGUCUAUCCGUCUAUGGGAUGUCAAAACAGGUUAAUAAAAAGCCAAAUUAGAUGGUCAUACUAAUUGGGUCUACUCAGUUUGUUUCUCCCCUGAUGGACAUAUGUUAGCUUCUGGUAGUAAUGAUAACUCUAUCCGUCUUUGGGAUGUCAAUACAGGAUAAUAAAAAGCAAAAUUGUAUAGUCAUACUAGCACGGUUAACUCAGUCUGUUUCUCUCCAGAUGGAAAUACAUUAGCUUCUGGUAGUGGUGAUAAGUCAAUUCGUCUAUGGAAUAUCAAAACAGGUUAAUAGAAAGCCAUAUUGGAUAGUCAUGAUGAUUGUAUCAACUCAGUUUGUUUCUCUCCUGAUGGAAAUAUAUUAGCUUCUGGUAGUGAUGAUAGCUCCAUCCGUCUAUGGGAUGUCAAAACUGGAUAAUAAAAAACCAAAUUAAAUGGUCAUAGUGGAGCUGUCUACUCAGUUUGUUUCUCCCCUGAUGGAAAUACAUUAGCUUCUGGUAGUGAUGAUAGCUCUAUCCGUCUAUGCGAUGUCGAAACUGGAUAAUAAAAAGCCAAAUUAGAUGGUCAUACUCAUUAUGUUAUGUCAGUCUGUUUUUCUCCUGAUGGAAAUACAUUAGCAUCUGAUAAUGAUGAUAAAUCUAUCCGACUUUGGGAUAUUAAAACAGGAUAAGAAAUUCAAUCCUCCGAUAAAAAUUACAAAGAUAUUUUUAUAUAAUUUAAGAUUCCACUCCAAUACAAUAGUCAUAUUUUAGAAGGUAGUUUUUAAGUUUUUCAUAUUUUUAGUUUCCAAUUACAUUACCACACUUCUUAUUUCCCAAAAGGCAAUAUUCUAAUCUAAAGGAGCUUUAAUACUGAAAGGAGAAUUUUUUAAUCAAUCAGGUAUUGAUUUAAAGACAUUAUUUGAACAGAAAGGAAGUCGCAUUAUAGAACGAUUUUAGUAAUAGUAAAUUUGAUAAUUUAUCUACAGC